AUGAAUAUUAUUUUAUUAAACUCUCAAAGUUGUAUAUUUUUUAGAUUAAAAGGUGUCGAUGUAUAUGGUCUUAUUCAAAAAUGUUUUUUGCAUAAUGAAAUUUUGGGUAUGGUUAAAAGAGAAAUAAUGGAAACAAUUAAACUUUUAGGCGAAAAGGGUCAGAAAGUUGCAAGAAAAUUAUUUUCAAACCUACCAACAAUAAAUGGUGUAAAUUUAAAAAAUUUUAAAUAUAAAUAUUUUGUUGGAAAAGAUUUUAGAGCAUUAUUAGAAGUUUUUUCAAUUAUUCUUUCAGAAAUAAUUAAUGAGCAUUCAAUUAAAUCAAAGAUUUUAAAUGGUUUAAUGGUAUUCCAUAUUGGGUAUCAUUAUAUCAAAGAUUUAGAAAGAAACAUUAAUCCAAUUGGUAAUACUGGUCAAUAUAUGGAAGCAUUAAGAUUUCAUAAACGUGUGGAAACAAAAAAGAAAUCGGAACCUGAAGAUAAAUUAAUCUUGGAGCAGGCUGAAAAAUUGUUUGAAAAAUAUAUUGAUUUAAAAUAUGAUAAUAUUUCAAUUGUUAAAGAAGUUUUUUUUAAUGACCAAUUUUAUAAAGAAGAGAGUUUUAUUUCAGUUCAACUUGAAUCAUCUCGAAAUGUAAUAUCAGAAAAAGAAAGCACAAUCAAAUAUUCCUCUAUAGUUCCAUUGAGUGCUUUAAAUAACUUGGUAUAUGAAUGGAAAAUUAAUCCAGAAGUUUACAAUAAAGCUUUCACGAUUAUAGAUUAUUUUGGUGAAAAAAAAUUUUAUUUACCGGCUCAAGAUCCAAGUGAAACAAUUUCCUCUGCAACUCAGAAAAAAAUUAAAAAUUUUAAAUCAUCAAAUAAUUCUUCAAUUUCAAAAACCAACCUUUCAAUCAAUCAAUCUUCCAUAAUCAAUAAUAGUUUUAAUUUAGCAUUUUAUAAACUCAGUAUAAAUAAUUUUUCAUAUCAAACAUAUAUUUAUAUUGAUAAAAUAAAAAAAGAAAACAAAAUUCAAUUUCAUUGUAAUGAAAAUAAAAUUGAAUCAUUCCAUAUUGGUUUAAAAUCAUUGUAUCAAUCAUCAGAUGAAAAAACCAAAACCUCAUUAAAUAAUAUUGAAACCGAUGACACACAAAAUGAAACCAUUAGUGACUAUUCAUAUAGUGAAGAAUCUUCAAAUAGUGAAGACAGUGUUUAA